CCCUCCCAGAGGCAGCGCAGCGCAGACUCUCCUCACGGGCACUCGUGAACCUUUUUCAGUGUGCUUUUCCUUUCUUCCCGACAUUCUUGUUUCCGCUUUCUCAAGGUUCUUCGUUUUUUUCCAUCUCUGCGAGACAUUUCGCAAUCAGGGUCCAGUGACGUCAUCUCUCUGCGCUGCGCAUACACCCGCCUGUGGAAGAGGGAACUGCUUCGCUGCCCUUCACUGCUUUUGUUGGGCUGCUACUCGUCUGGAAUCAUGGCGCCGUCGCUGUGGAAGGGGCUAGUGGGCAUCGGCCUCUUUGCCCUAGCCCACGCGGCCUUUUCCGCUGCGCAGCAUCGUUCUUAUAUGCGAUUAACAGAAAAGGAAGAUGAAUCACUGCCAAUAGAUAUAGUUCUUCAGACACUUCUGGCCUUUGCAGUUACCUGCUAUGGUAUAGUUCAUAUUGCAGGGGAGUUUAAAGACAUGGAUGCUACUUCAGAACUAAAAAAUAAGACAUUUGACACAUUAAGGAAUCACCCUUCAUUUUAUGUAUUUAAUCAUCGUGGUAGAGUACUGUUCCGGCCUUCGGAUACAACAAAUUCUUCAAACCAAGAUGCAUUGUCCUCUAACACAUCGUUGAAGUUACGAAAACUUGAAUCAUUGCGUCGUUAAGAUUUUUACAAAUCAUAAUAUCAGGACAGGACACAGAGAUGAGAUAUUGGAGUUUGGGGUAUAAAACACUCCCCCUCCAUAAGUAUUUAUAUUGAUCUUUCAGACAUAAUUUAAAAAAAGUCUAUGGCCAUUGUUUGUACACCUUUAAAUCAUUGAUGCAGUAUAAAUUAUCUGUGAAAGGAGUCUUUGAUCUUCAUAAUGAGAAUUCCUUUUUUCAUUUGAAACAAAUUCACAUCUUUUGUAAAAGUCACUGUUUUGAACACAUUUUUUGAAAAAAUGUUGAUGGUUUUGUAAUUAUUUAUUUUAUUAGAUUUCUUUUGCACUACAGUUUUUAGGAUCCUUUUGGAAAUAGCGUGACUACUGCAUUUUGCAGCAUGAAUGAUAGAAAAAUGGUCUUCAGCUCUUAACAACAAGUGGACUUCUCUAAAGAAAUUUUAAAAAGGUGACUUAUCAAUUUUUCUUAUGCCUCCUAAAAAGUGGCUCUGCUUCAGCAGGUACUUGUCAGUUUUUAAUUUAUCCAUUACUUCUCACCCCACCCAACUCCUAUAUACCUUCUAAUAUCAGCUGUCUUAUUUCAUCAUUUCUCUGGGGUUCUAUGUGCAGUGAGUAAUUUUUGCAUCCAAAAUUCUUUAUCGUAACAAAUAUUUUUAACAAAGUCAACAUGCUGUAAAGCUACUUGUGCAUUCUUCAUCUAUCUGUAAAAAUUUCCCUAUUUGGUUAUGUAGUGUAAUAAUAGUUGAAGAUAGACCAGAAAGACCAUUUGUGAUUUAAUUAUCCUGCCUAUGUAGAAGGUUAGUAAUCACUGAGGAAAACUGAUUACUUGUCAUUAGCCAGUUUAAUUUAUUAAAAAUCUGUUAUUUUGUUACGUCCUAUACUAGUGAAUCAGUAAAGAUAAACUUGUCAUUAAAGGUAGACUUCAAAGGAAUUGGGCCAAAUAUGUUCUAAAUAUUUGGAACUAAUAUCUUUAAUUUAAAAAACAUCAAGGUAAUUUAAGAAGUUGUUUUGUAGCUUCUGAUAUGUAGUAGGCUUAGAGUUUUUCAUCUUUGUCAUAUGUUGCUGAAGAUGAGGAAGAGAAUAAAGAGUAGAAUUUUUUUAGAAACAGUGAUUUAGUUUUAGGGAAAUUUGGCUAGCUCUUUGAUCUGCAGAAAGCUUAACAUUUCUUUGUAGAGAACAUUGCUUUUAUUGAAUUCUACAGGUAUGAAAACAUUGCUUAUGUUGAAUUGUAUAAAUGUAAAAGGAAUAACUGCAGAUUUGAAAAGGAAAUGUGCUUUAGGUGAGUCAUAUGAUGCCCUUAAGCUUGGUGGCAUUUUUUCCAUUAGAAAUGAACCUCAGCUCUUCUAUUCUGCCUAGCAACACACAGCCCCAAAGCAAGAGAUUAUUUUGUCAUUGGGUUUUUAUUGUGGUUUAGUUUUGUUUUGUUUUGCCAACCUAGUCUGUCUGUGGAACACUGACUCUGUCUCUAAAGAGAACAAAGUUAGAAAUCUUCUGAUAAACUAAAAUAAUUUAGAAAUGAGUUAAAAAUGUGAAGUCAGAGGUUAAAAUGAUGAUAAUAUAAUCAAAAUAGUGUAUAAGAAACAAUUUCCUUACAUCAGGCUUGUAGACCAUUUCCUUCAGUAUGACUUGAUUUGCUUGCGGCUGUCUUUCUUUACUAAUGUGUUUUUAUGACUUUAUUAAGAUAUAAUUCACAUACCUUACAAUUCAGUCAUUUAAAGGUACAAUUCACUGGUUCUGCAAUAUCAUCACAAGUUGUGCAAUCAUGACUGCAGUCAAUUUGAGAACAUUGUCAUCACAGCAAAAGAAUCCCUAUACCCUUUAGCAGUCACAUCUCAUUUCCUGGCUCUAAGUAACCAUUAAUCUACUCUCGGUCUCUAUGAUUUGCCUAUUCUGGGCAUUUACUAUAAAGGGAUUCAUAUAAUAUCUGGUCUUUCAUGACUGGCUUUCCAAAUGUGGUUUUGUUCUAUGUGGAGUAAGAACUUAUCAUCUUGAGAACUAUGACUGCUGUGAAAGGAAGUGGUUGGUAAAAUUAGUAGAUGUAAGGACAGAGGGUCAGAUACCUAACAGGCUUCUCAGUUAACCUUAUACUGAAUUGUCUUUCCUCAUAGCCAGGCAUUCAUGAUAUACUCACUUAUAAUAUUUUGGCUAAUCUCUAAAAUUGAAAUCUUUGCCUGCCUAGUCAGGAAAGUCCUGCUAAAAAUGAUGCCAAAUAAUUUGGCAAACAAUUGACAUAGCAGUUUUCAGCCAUGUCUAACUUUGCUAGCAGCUGUGUACCUCAGGCCAAGUAAGCUCCCCAAAUUUCUUCUUUACUUUCCUGCAAUGAAUUUCUGCUGUCUUUUAAAAGUAUGUAUCAUUGAGCUAAAGGUGAUUUGGGUGCAUUGUAACAGUGCUAAAUGAAUUAUGUAAAGAAUUUAUUUAUAAUAUGAGACAGUCCAUGACUACCUAGGGUAGUCCCAAAAAUGUAAUGAUGUGAGCUAGUUCAGCCUGAAUUUGACUGUGAAUUCAGUGACAUUCAGAAGUUUGAAGGCUCUCUAGAAUAUAGGGAGAAUCACUUCUUAAUAAUCAGGGAACCAGCCAAAUGCUAUGGGCUAAUGGCCCAGCUGCAGAAAAUGCAGAUCAGCAAAUUGGAGACUGAUGCUCUGUAACUCCCUAAUGAUUGUUUCCUAAGCACUGUAGCUUCUUUUUAAGUGGCAUGAUAGCAUCUUCCUGGUUGUUUGUGGCCUAUUUCCAUGAUGUAUUCAGUAGUGUUAUUUGUUGUGAGCAUCGAUGCCUGUAACACCAAGCUAAACACAUUCUUUUGGAUAUGUUUUCUCUCUUUAAAUGAUCUUGCCCUGUCUAAUAAAUAAAUGAUUGUCUCACCCUCACCCUGUUUUUAGUAGUUUUUUUUUCUUUUUUUACUUUUAAUCUCAUUUUCUUCUGCUUCUCUGUCCUCAGAAAAAUGUAAGAGCUAAUUUUAUGACUGUUUUUUCCAAUGUGAUGCUGUUUUACUAAAUUCAAUGGAUACUAUACUUUUUACUAUAUAUGUAAAGUCUUAUUGCAAUUUUAUGUUUUUUGGAGUUGAAAUAGAAUGUGUAAUCUCAUUUAUAUUUAUAAAUUAUCAAAUGAACUUCAGGGUAUAAGAAUUUUGGUCCUUGAGUAGCAGUGUCUAAUCUUUCCAUCACAAAUUUAUUAUAUAGCCAAACUGCUAUUACAAAAUGUCACUUUAUACCACUUUAUACUUAACAGGACAUCAUGGUUAAAGCAUUAGGAGGCAAAUCUAAAGUUUCUUGAAAAUUCAAGGAGAAGUUCUAGUUUGCACAACUUGGCACUUAUCUGCAGUAUUUUAAAAAAAUUGCACUACUGGUAUUUAAUUCUGCCUAGGAAUAUCUCAAAAUUAUCUACUAAUCAAAUAUUCUUUAAAGAGGAAAAAAGAUAAUAUAUGCGCUUGGCAAAAAAAUCAGAUGGUACAGAAAGGUAUGAAAUGAAAUUUGCCCCCUUCCUUCCUAUUCCUAAUACCUGUCUCCAAAGGUAACCAGCUUAAAGUGUCUUGUAUAUUCUUUCAGGAAAAAAAAAUUAUUUGCUAGCAAAUAUAUAUUUUAAACAAAAUUUACAUUAAUGGAAUCAGAUGGCAUACAAUCUGUACCUUGCUUUUUUUGCUGUCUUAUAAGAUCUUUCUGUAUCAGUAUGUAUAGAAAUACCUCAUUCUUUUUAAUGACUGUGGUAUUCUGAUGUAUGAAUGUUAUAAAUGUUUAAACAUUUUACUAUUGUUAAACCAUAUUGCAGUGAACAUACUUGUACAUAUAAUGAGAUUAUACCAACAGGGUUCAUUCCUAGCAAUAGAAUUGCUGGGUCAAAGGGUAUUUUUCAUUUCAUUUCAGUAGUUACUGCCAAAUUGUUCUCCAGAAAUCUUUGCCCAGUUACACUUCCACAUAUAAUGUAUAAGAAUAAUUUCUUACGAGGCCCAUGCCAAUACUAGGUACUAAACUUUUUAAAAUUUGAUGAUCUGGAAGUGAAUAAAUGGUAUCUUGCAUCUUAUGAAGCUGUAAUGCAUUUUAAUGCAGGAGAUGGAACACAUUUUCAUGUAUAUUGUUUUUUUUAUAUUUCAUUUUCUGUGAACUGUAUGACUAUGUUCUGUUUUCUAUCAGAUGAUUUGUUUUUUAUUGAUUUGUAUGAACUCUGUAAGCUAUAAAAAUUGGUACAUUGUUAUAUGUUUAA